AGCACGCAACAUCGACAAGGCCCAAGCCACAGUCGACGAGAUCCGGCAGCAAGUGCCCGACACACCCCCGAUCAAGGUGCUGGCGAUGGACCUCUCAUCCCUAGACUCGGUAGCACAGGCCGCCCGCACGGUGACAACCGAGUCCGACCACCUGGACAUCCUGAUGCUCAACGCGGGGGUCAUGGCUGCCCCGCCGGGCCUGACCCAGGACGGCUACGAGCUGCAGUUCGGCACCAAUUACCUCGGCCAUGCACUACUUGCCAAGCUCCUGCUGCCACUGCUGGAACGGACCGCCGCCAGUUCUUCCCCGCAGGACGUACGCAUCGUCGCGAUCUCGUCGCACGGCUACGUUUACGCCCCCCAGGAAGGCGUGCUCUUCGACUCGCUGCGUAAACCCGCCGACGACCUGGGCGCGUUCGGCCGCUAUGGACAAAGCAAGCUGGCCAUGGUCCUCUGGACGCGCUAUCUGGCUCGCAAAUACCCGCAAUUCACCUGCGCGUCCAUCCACCCGGGCGUCGUGCGCACAAACCUCAUGAACAACGCCACGGGGUCGCCGCCCAUUAUCCGGCUACUGGGCAAAGUGACCAGCAUGAUUUUCACUUCGGUCGACCAGGGAGUGCGCAAUCAGCUUUGGGCGUCGGUGUCCAAGGACGUCAAAAGCGGCGAAUAUUACGAGCCUGUAGGGAUUGGGGGGCCCGUCUCGCCAUUAGGGGAGGAUGAUGCCCUGGCGCAGAGGAUCUGGGAUUGGACCGAGAAGGAGCUCGAAAGAUAUGUGACGGGUAUAUUAGUCGACGUACCAGCAAGUGGCUCUUUAAAACAUCGCCAAUACGCGGUUUGGUCGCAGUAUGCGCAGCAAUUCAACCUAAAAGCCAAGUAUUAUUCUUGGAGAGAUACCGGAAUUACGGCCCUCUUCUGCAUCUCUACGUAUCUUUGCGUUUUCAUCAUGAUGAAACUGCGCAGUAAGAAGACCGAGACUGCUCGCUCCGGGUAGUUAAUGGUUAGGUGGUUUGGGCACAUCGCGAACCAGGUGCCCCUGCAUACCAAUGGGAGAAACCUUUGCAUCUCUUCUUUUGCCUUUUGUAUUUAAUUCCAUCUAAGCAUCUUUUUUUCAUGUCGAAUAUUCUGUAUUUGUUCUAUUUGUAUGAUAAUCAGCUGCUCCUUUCUUUAUUUGCCUUGUCUGUCUGAGUUAGUGUCCGCCUACAGUUCUUAACACAUUACACCAUGCUACAAAG